AUGCAUCCACUCUGGAGGCUCCUGGUCCUCCUCAGCUUGCUGGCCUUGCCCUCGGCCCUGCACGAGCAGCCCUGGCCUGGCCUGGACAAGGCCCACAUGGACAGCAAGUCUGCCCUGGCGAGAUUUAUUUCCCAGGGCCUCAUGAAGCACAACGCAGAAGGCCGAAUCCGGAAUAUCUGUCUCCUAGACAGUCUGAAUGUCUCAGGCCAGAUGGCCCCAGGGAUGGUGGGCUGGCUAAUUAGCAGCAUGAAGCUUCAGCAGCGUCAAGAAGGCAGCACCAACAUCACCAACAUUCAGCUGGACUGUGGCGAGAUCUGGAUGUCUUUCCAGAAGGAGUGGUUCUCUGCAAACUUCUCCCUUGAAUUCGACACUGACAUGAGACUGCCCUUCAAUAACAAGAUCAUAAAGGCGCAUGUGCACACGAACCUCGUUGUGGAGUUCUGGCUGGAGAAAGACGAGUUUGGCCGGAGGGAUCUGGUGAUAGGCGAUUGCGGCGUGGAGCCCGGCAGCGUCCACACGACAGUCCUGACUCAAGAUUGCCCACCAAAGAUGAAACAUUUUCUCCGCAACCUCAGACACAAUCUGAAAAAAGUUAUCCCACACCAGGUAGAAAGUCAGGUGUGUCCUCUGACCGGUGAAGUCCUCAGGCAGCUGGAUGUGAAACUGUUGAAAAGCCUCAUGGGUUCCUGGAGCCAUGACCUCAACGUGUCUUCUCCUGAAAAAGCUUGUUGCAUAGUGGACCUCUAUUAUGAUACUGGGUUGGGGUGUAAUUUAAGCAGAAAUUCAGCCCUGAGUGCUCAGAUUCAUGCCCCAGCGCUCCGUGUCUGUGCCUGUGACUUCCAGGCCCUUCCACUGCAGAGCGCUGACUCUGCCAGGGAUUGGGCUGCGUGCUGCAUGUAG